AUGUUCAACCUCGCGCCUACGAUGAUCCACCCUAUCGAUUACGGGACGCACAUCGCAUAUAACAUCCCCCCCUCUUAUAGUUCGCAGCCAUACCCUGUUUCCGCUCAUGGUUUCGGGGUCGCUUCAUUCACUAUCAGAUCAUGCUUCGUCAGGCUUCGUCAUCCGUCAUUUCUCUUCAUGACUCAUUUUGGUCCAUCCUCGUCGGAGAGUGUAAUAGGCUUCACCCUCCUUGAUGAAAUCUUCUGUCAACUUGAAAGCCCUACGUUCUCGCUGGAGUUCCUUUAUGGUCGGUGCUCGGGCAUGCCCAACCGCCUUUCAUUGGUGCACGUAGCCGCGCCUGGAAACGCCGGACAAUACCUUCCGUGCGGCUUUCUGCAAAUCUUGCACAGCCUCCUUAGUGACAUCGUGAUCGACCAGGCCCAGGGGCGUCUCAAGCGUAUCUCAUUGCCGGAACAAUUGCGGGAGAACACGAGCAGUGGCUCUCGAGGCUGUUACAAGUCGCCGGAGCGGAGUGACAUGACCGUCAGGAUUCAGUGUCACAAUGACGGAAAUCCCUUGGAAGAAUCAAAUGUUGUUGGGGCAGGGCAGUGGCGUACUGCGCUUCCUUUCUACUGUGGUAGAUUGUCCUCACGUUUCCAUCUUCUGUCAGAUUCACUUCUCGUAGCCGAGGUUCUGGAGGGCAUUCAGCGCCGCGUUCCAAACUUUUCGGCGCUGUUCGAAGCACAUGUUUCGCGAAUAUGGCAGAUAUCAUCGGUAUACUUUAGCUACCGAUUGAAGUUCCCCGGUUCUUCCGGGUAUGACGCUCUCCACUACGUGUACAGUUCAAGCCUACUUGAUGACACAGCUUCCAUACAGGAAAUUUGGUUCAGCAACUAUUACGGACGUACAAAAUAG